AUGCUAGUGUUAACAAGAGCCAGCCCAGUGCUAGUGUUGACAAGAGCCAGUCCAGUGCUAGUGUUGACAAGAGCCAGUCCAGUGCUAGUGUUGACAAGAACCAGUCCAGUGCCAAAGUGCACCAGUCCAGUGCUAGUGCUUGACAAGAGCCAGUCCAGUGCUAGUGUUGAAAGAGCCAGCCCAGUGCUAGUGUUGAAGAGCCAGCACAGUGCUAGUGUUAAGAAGAGCCAGCCCAGUGCUAGUGUCGGCAAGAGCCAAUCCAGUGCUAGUGUUAACAAGAGCCAGCCCAGUGCUAGUGUUAACAAGAGACAGUCCAGUGCUAGUGUUAAGAAGAGCCAGCCCAGUGCUAGUGUUGGCAAGAGACAGUCCAGUGCUAGUGCUAACAAGAGCCAGUCCAGUGCUAGUGUUGACAAGAGCCAGCACAGUGCUAGUGUUAAGAAGAGCCAGCACAGUGCUAGUGUUAAGAAGAGCCAGUCCAGUGUUAGUGUUAACAAGAGCCAGUCCAUUGCUAGUGCUAACAAGAGCCAGUCCAGUGCUAGUGCUAACAAGAGCCAGUCCAGUGCUAGUGUUAAGAAGAGCCAGUCCAGUGCUAGUGCUAACAAGAGCCAGUCCAGUGCUAGCGUUGAAAAGAGCCAGCACAGUGCUAGUGUUAAGAAGAGCCAGUCCAGUGUUAGUGUUAACAAGAGAUGCUUUGCUUUCACAUUUCUUGUAUAA